GUUCAUGUCCAGAAAGUGCGAUGAAUUGGGUCGAAAUAUUGCUUCUAUUUUACGUCUACUGUCAAGCCUUAUCUGACGAUCUCAUUCCACAAAACAGAACCAAGCGUACGGUUUACCCAGUCUGGAAGCCACCGCCGAACAAGGCUUAUGACCUAUGUGGGUUUGAACUGAAAGACAACGCCACAUGCAAGCUGCCGCCAUGGUGCGCUGGAGGCGUUGGCAGGUGCUGUCGGUACGAGUGCGUCUGCCACUCGAGACUAAACCCAUGCGCCUCAGGGAAAUGGGCACAACAUGAAGGAACCCCCCCGAAGAAACCUGAACACGGAGGAGAAUGCGUACUUGAGUGCAUGAAGAAAUGCUACAAAACGUGCCUGGAUGGAAAGAAAAAGCCAGAGGAAUGUGAAGAGUUUUGUGCCCCGGGAUGUCAGAGUCAAUGUGGUGGCCGAUGA